AUGUUUCAGGUUGAAAAACAAAGAACAAAAGUAGCAGAUACAAAACCGUUAGACUAUAUCUUUACAAAUGCUGGUAGGAAUCUUUCAGAUGAAGAAAUUUCAUCCGGAGCUUACAGGUUUGACUAUCCAAUUCGUUGGCUUCAAAGUCCUUCAGAUGCAAAGGCAAUAGGAUUUAGAAGAGUUUUGUUUUCAAAAAGAACUAACGCAUUUAUGUUCGCAGUAUAUUUUCAUGGGCAGUAUGAAGGUUCUGAUGGUCUAAUAGACAAAUUUGACGAAAUGAGAAUCUUUACAGUUCGUUCAGACGAAAGUCUUGAAAAAACUCUAAAUGACUUUCAAACUCAAAUAAACAAAUACUACUGGGAAUUUCAAGAAAAAUACGACUCUUUACUAAACGGAACGUACUAUCUGAAGCUAGAAUAUGACAAGAUGAACUCCACAGUUUCAUUUCAAAGGAUUGAAAAUAACCCUCCAAGAAGUACACAGUUUUUAUUUUGGGAAGUAGACAAACGUUCUUGGGCACAAUUUCUUCGGUUACUAAACCAGAACGAACCAUUACCACCUGACGGUCCGUUUAAAUUUAUACGUCCACCAGCAAAUUUGACAGUUUAUAGAAACGUGUUCGACCCUCAAAAUGUUAU